GCACAAAGUCCCAGCGAGAGAGAGGGAAGCGUCCCACACGUCCUCGGCAGCGUGCUCUCACAAAACGGGCACACAGCAGACCGCGCCCCGACCCACAGUCUCGUCGGUGAGCGGUGCCAGUCAGACCCAGAAGAGCCGGGGAAGCUGCUGCAGCCCACCCGCCAGCCACGGCCGCGCCCUAGCGGAAGUGUGCGUGCCCGAGCGGAAGUUCAGCUGGCGAGCCCGGGCCACCAAGGCCACGACGGCGGGCGGCCAACGCCCAGGAGCCACGUGCGCGUGCGCACAAACGGGCUUGGCAGCGCCGAGGGCUCCCACCCGCGGGCGUCCACGUGAGCCCAGACGGCGGCCACCACAGGGCCUUCGUCUCUUAGCACCAUGCAGCACGCCCUAGAGCACGCCUUAGAUUCCGCCGAGGCGGUCAUCCAGAGAGCCCAGCGGAGACCGCCCAAGAGGAGAAGGUCAGCCAGCGGGGACAGAUGUCUGCAUCAAAAGCUUUAUGACCUUUACGUGAAGGAGUGCGAGCGAGAGCCCGAGUUCGCGGAGCUGAGAAGCAGUGUCCACCUGCUAGACAAGCUCGUCCGGAAGGAGUCCUUGUCACGCUUAGUGGUCAGCCUGUACCCCGGAAGUGAGGGCUACUCUCUGAUGCUCAGGGACGCCGAGACAUGCUCCCCAGAAAGCAUCCGGCUGCCUUACGACCAGCGGGAGUUCCUGGAGUACCUGGAUGCCGAAGAGCUGCCUCCCGUUCUGGUCGACAGCCUGGAGAGAGCGCGGGCUGACGUCUUUCACCGUGGCUGCGUCGUGGCGGAGAUCCGCGACUACAGGCAGUGCGGCGAGCCGGGGCCUCCCGGUUUCCGCAGUAAGCACAUUCUGCUCCGCCCCACCAUGCAGACUUUACUCUGUGACGUGCAGUCCAUCACCAGCGGCCGCGAGGAGUGGACCCAGGAAGACAAGCUCGCCCUGGAGAGCCAGCUGAUCCUAGCGACCGCAGAACCCCUGUGUCUGGACCCCUCCGUGGCGGUGGCCUGCGCUGCCAACCGCCUGCUGUACAACAGGCAGAAGAUGAACACCAACCCCAUGAGGCGGUACUUCCGGAGGUAUUCUGUGUCCUCGCUGGCUCAGCAGCAGCAGCUGGCCCCCCGUCCUCGCGCCCCUGAGCCCAGCGCCUCGCCUGGGUCCGGAGCCCGGAAGGCCGGGGCAGCAGCUGCCCAUUCCCCCGACCUGCUUCCUCCGCAAGCAGAAGGUGACCUGGACGCGUGGAAACAGGCACCCGGCGACUUGGCUGUGCCUUCGGACGUGGACGUGCAGAAAUGCGCUAGGGGGGAAGGGUCCUCCAGCACCGCGGCCUCCCCACGCACCAUCUGGCCAGCUCCGGAGGAAGAUGACUGGGGGCUCGCAGGGGAAGCCGGCCACGGGUCCUGGGACACGAAGCUGAGCGGCAUGCAGUCGCUUAAGGAUCCCAUGUUCUGCGACACAGCCCCACAGUGUAAGGAGCCCCGCGCGGAGACGGGCUGCGUCCUCCCCUCCUCCGCAAAGAGCCGCGUGCCCAGGGUGUCCGGCAUGGGUGUAAGGUGGAUGCCCCGGGGAGGGGGGGGUCGGUCAGCAGCGGGCCCCGGGCCGCAGGAGAGCCUCCUGUGCAGGCCGGCGGCCCGUUGCCCCAGUGGCUCGGCGGCUGUCUCCUCAGCCUGUUCUGGGAAGCCACUAGAAGAGGGCGUGGCUGGCUGUGCGGGGCGGGGCCCCACGCGGGGACAGGGAGAGAAACGUGGGGCUGGCCGGGCCUGUCCUCCCGCCAGCCAGCUCGGGAGAGCGAGGCUCCGGCUGGCUGCAGGGGUGCUGCCCGAGGGGCAGGCAGCCUGCUCAUGUCAGCUCCCCUGCUCCUUUCCCGCACCCGCCCCGCUCCAGCGCUUCCUCUGGCUCCCGCUUCUCCCCCUGCUCCCCGGCUUUCCCGGAUCCUCUCCCUGA